AAAUAACAACUUUUUAGCUAUAUAUAGCAAGUAGUACCAAGUCUAUCAGAUGGAAGCUUAGUAGAAAUUAGCAGCAGCUACAUUCUUAUAUGGAAUCAACAAGAAUCACUCUCCGUCCAUAUAGAUCAACUGAUGUUGAUGAUCUACUAUUAUGGGGAGGUGAUGAUCGAGUAACCAAGUCAAUCCAUUUCAAUACUUUGACUUCCAAAGAAGAUGCAUUGACCUUCAUAGAAAAAUCAUCCAUUCCAUGGCGUCGAUCCAUAUGCAUCGAUGACCGUUCGAUUGGAAUCGUGGUGGCGCGCCCCGGAUCGGAUGAUGACAGGUGUCGAGCCGAGAUAGGAUAUGCUUUGGCAGUUGACUACUGGGGACAAGGGAUCACUCCUAAGGCUGUGAAAAUGGCAAUCCCUCUGAUUUUCAAUGACUUUCCUGAAAUAGUAAGGUUACAAGCAUUAUCUGAUGCUAAUAAUAGAGCAUCCCAUAGGGUGUUGGAGAAGGCUGGAUUUGUUAAGGAGGGCAUGUUUAGAAAAUAUUUUUACUUUAAAGGGGAAAUUAAGGAUGUUGUACUUUACAGUUUACUUUCCACUGAUUCUGUACCUUCAUUAGAUCCAUAAAAUUUCAAGAUCUGUGAUUUCAACAUCAUUUUCCUGAACCCCUUUCUGUUGUUUCUUCAUGAACAAGUCUGUUGUACUUUUUUUUUUUUUUUAACAAGACUUUGAAUAGUAUAAUAGUGACAAUGAGGUGCCAAUGAAAAAGAUAAUAUGAAAAUUAAAUGGAAAGACUACUAUCCAAAGUUAUCUGUGAUUAUCUUGAAAUGCAAUUAUUUUGUUGAUGUG